GGGGUAUGUUUAGCUGAUUGCAUUACUGGAAUCGGAUUUAUCCUCUUCUCGUCCAACUGUUCUGGGUUAAUUGCUUAUUCCCUGCUCUAUUUUAGGAGCAUAUUCAUUAACUGUGCGGUUACCUUGGUAAAUUAUAAAUUGGAGCGGGUUCUGGAUCAUCGAUAAGAAACGGAAACAAACAAUUGCUGAAAUGUCUUCGGACGAAGACCGGGCCAAGGAAAUUUUAAAGGGUUUUAAGCUAAACUGGAUGAAUCUUCGGGAUGCGGAGACGGGUAAGGUCCUGUGGCAGGGAACAGAAGAUCUGUCUGUACCAGGAGUGGAACAUGAAGCUCGUGUCCCAAAGAAGAUCCUUAAAUGUAAAGCUGUGUCCAGAGAACUGAACUUUUCCUCCACUGAGCAGCUGGAGAAGUUCAGGUUGGAGCAGAAGGUGUUCUUCAAAGGACAGUGUCUAGAAGAAUGGUUUUUUGAGUUUGGUUUUGUAAUCCCAAACUCAACCAACACAUGGCAGUCCCUGAUAGAAGCAGCUCCAGAGUCCCAAAUGAUGCCAGCAAACGUUUUAACUGGUAACGUGAUCAUAGAGACCAAGUUCUAUGAUGAUGACCUCCAUGUAAGUACUUCCAAGGUACGACUAUUUUACAUCUGACCCCUGACUCAACCCUCCAAACUACUGACGUCCUGCUCGGUUGUAAAAUAAACCCUGGAACUUAGCUCCAGUCUGCAGCGUCCACGGUUCUUUACCGUCCUGGGAUCAACACAUUUGGGUCAGGCUGGUGCCACCUUGAGUGAAGUGAGCUCUGUCAUUCUCCUGUUUUCUGUUGGAGAACUUCUAAACCUCGGGACAAGAGGGACGACAAGGAAAACUAUCCCCCGUCUGGUUUAUCUUCCUCUGUAGGUCCAUGACCACCAAAACAAGAACAAGACUGGAAUAAAAUGAUUUGUUUUGAUCAAACUUUUGUUGUUGAAUCUGUCCAAGGUUGUAUUAACUCAGGAAGGGAACACCAGGGAAGUCAUUCCACACACUGUAUACAACACGUCAAGCUAAUGUUCAGUAAUUCUUUCUUUAUACAACUGCAGCAUAA